GUCGUUUCAGAACCUUGUUUCAGCACGAAAGGUAUUAAACCCUUCAAGAAAAUGACGAUUAGGGAUUGAUCCUUCCUAGGUUGGGGGGAAAUGGCGGGAGCGCUGCCGCCGCCGCCGUCGCCAUGCGUCUUCUGUCAGAUUGCUGGCAAAUCCAGCUCCACUCCUCUUCUUCACUCUGAUGACAAGGUCGUCACAUUUCAAGACAUCAAGCCUGCAGCUUUCAGGCAUUACUUAGUGAUUCCUGUAGAGCACAUUCCAAGUGUGAAGGAUCUUCGGAGGAGAAGUGAAGACUACUCUUUGGUACUUCAUAUGUUAAAUGUGGGGCAAACACUUCUACGCAAAGAUGCACCUGAGGCAGAGCAAGUGCCUCGCCUACUAUAUGAGGUGAAUGAAAAAGCCUAUGAACCAGAAAUCAUCUCAAUUGGUCCUUAUCAUCGUGGCAAAAAUCACUUGAACAUGAUGGAAGUGCACAAGGUUCGCUUCUUAAGAAUGCUUCUUCGCCGAACAAAUGAGCAUACUGCCGACCCAUAUGAGCAUACUGCCGAACCAUAUGUAGCAGCACUGAGAGGUAUGGUCGAAAAAGCCCGUAACUGUUAUUCAGAACCUUCAAGUAUGAGCACAGAAGACUUCCUAGAAAUGUUGGUGCUUGAUGGAUGCUUUAUUGUUGAGUUUAUUCACCAAUUUUCGGAUGGUAACAGGGAUGAGUAUGUCUUUGGCUUGCGGGUUAAUUUCUACAGGAUUUUUCAUGAUUUGAUUCUAUUUGAGAACCAACUUCCUUUCUUUGUGCUAUGGGAGUUGUUUGGUAUAAUGUGGGGAAUUGAGAGAAACUUUUAUGUUACGGUUCUUCUGGAACUCUUCAGUGGCAGGAUGCCGGGACUAGGAGUUGAUUUUGACGAUGACAAUACUUCAAUUGAAAAUGUCAAGCAUUUACUAGACUUGGUACGUGGGAAAUGGCUUCCUUCAAGAGAAGUAAUGGAGUAUUGCUCGCGAGCACCAGAAGAUGCCAAUUGGUCAUUUAUACGUUCUACUACAGAGCUUAAAGAGGCAGGAAUUCGGUUCAAGAAGGGUGAAGGAGAUAACUUGUUUGACAUAAAGUUUAGAAAUGGGGUACUCGAGAUUCCUAUGAUAAAAAUUGUAGAUUCCACAGAGAGGUUGUAUCGCAAUGUCAUUGCCUGCGAACAAUUUGAGAAAGAAAAUCCCAAAUACUUCACUGAAUUUGCCAGGUUUAUGGAUUGCCUGAUUAAUUCAGGGAAAGAUGUGGAGUUACUUUGUCACUGUGGAAUAAUUGAAAAUUGGUUAGGCAGUGAUGAGGCUGUCGCGGCCAUGUUUAAUAGGCUCACAGAUAAUGUCUGGGCCUCCAUCAAAUUCUAUACCCAGAUAUAUAUUGAUGUCAACGAGUAUUACAAUAAACCUCGUAACAAAAGGAUGGCAAGCUUAAGGCACAACUAUUUCAACACUCCAUGGGCGUUCAUCUCCUUUCUUGCUGCAGCUUUCUUGCUUCUACUUGCCCUGCUUCAAACUGUUUUUACCAUUUUUCCUAGACAUUAAUUUUUGAUGUGGAGUUAGUGAUGGCAAAUUUUGUCAUUUGUUUAAAAGUUAAGAUCAACUUCUACACAACUUUUAUAUGCAUUACUCAUACAAAAUCUUGAUUAUUUCAACUUUUAAUUAUAAAUUGUUGGGAUUUUG